AUGUCUGACUCUUCUUCCGUUCGUCCGACACCCGCGUCCUCCUUGCUUCCCCCAGGGGCUGGCGUCGAAGCAGACGAAAAGGAGGUUUCUGACAACGCUCUUCAGUGGGGAAAGGAGGGAUGUGGGCAUCCUCUGUCUGCCUCUGCUGCACCAGCUGUACCCAAACCAACGCUGCGUCUUCACUUUGAAGACCUGGGCAACCAGGCAUCAAGCACCUUUAUCAAGGCAGUUCCAGACCCAUAUGCGGUCAUGCAGAGGGCUAUAGGAGAGAUUGUUAAAUAUAUUUAUACCUCUCCGUCCAACUCAGCCGCAUCCGGUGGGCGGAUCCAGUUUAACCCGUCGCUGCCUCCGACCACCUCGGUCUCCUUUAUUCUCCAUGAUUUCCAGGGAGUCGCCUAUACUAUCGGGGUGAGCUCAGACAACAACAAGAAGGAGAUCCAUAUAUCACUCUCCUAUAUCGCCCACACUGCCGGCUUGAAAGACACGACUGCCGAGAUAGCCGGAGUCAUCCAACACGAGCUUGUGCACUGCUACCAGCAUACCUCUCCGCCGGGAAAUUCGGCUCCAAGACCACCUUCCGGCCUUAUUGAAGGUAUUGCGGACUUUGUCCGCCUGAAAGCUGGCCUUGGAGCUGCUCACUGGAAACGUCCGGCUUCCGUGAACGACUUGCCCAAGAGUUGGGAUGCGGGUUACCAGAGUACUGCCUUCUUCCUCGAGUGGAUCGAGGACGUCAAGAUAGGAACGGGCGCCGUGGGCUUGAUUAAUGACCGCCUUCUGAGACAGGGGUAUCGUGGUGUCAACGGUGAAACUUUCUGGAACGGGCUUUUCGGCCAAGACAUUUUUGACCUGUGGAUCGACUAUGCUGAAGAAACAACUGAGAUUGAACUACUUUGGACAUACAAAACACAGAUAUAA